CGGUGAUUCUUCUUUUCCAUCUCCUUCGCCCACGAAGUUCAUCAUGUCUAUCCCUCCUGAAUGUCCCAAGCGUAAGGAAAUGCGCAAGUCCUUGCGCAGCCUUGAAAGGCGCAUCACAGGGCUUAAACCCGACCAUCAAAUUGGAAUAAUUUCAGCCGAGAUCGAUCAAAUUCGGUUCCUGCCCUUGACCUUGAAUGAAAGCUCAAACGAUAGACCCUUUUUUUUCACCCCUUUGGACGGGUCUCUCCUGUUGACUCCUGACGGCAAAUAUGACCAGGAGUACGGCAUGGAAUACGAUACCUAUGAUUCAAUUCCAGAAGAAUGCAGAGAUCCAAUGACUUGCGCGCGAGCAAUCGAACUUUACUGGUCUACAUAUAUCUCCCGCUAUUCCUUCCGCGUCAGAUCCUCGGGCGGCGAAGUCGUAUGGUCUCCGGUCAGAAUGCACAAUGUGUAUAAGGAAAGCGAUCUCUAUCGGCUCGACUACCCAGAGUUUGGAAUCCACGAUAUCGAACAGGUUACAGAAGGGCCCUAUGCACAUCUCAAGACUACUAUAUGUAACAAUCUAAACUCCAAUGAUGACCACGUUCUUCAAGGAGAACUGCUUCCCAUUUUACGUCUGAUGUUAGCCCACCUGAGAAGGGCCCGGUUCAUCGACCAUAUGGUUGUGCCGAUUAUGGCGUUUUCCUUUAUGGGACCUCAGCAUGCUCGCAUCAUCGAAGCCUACAUGGAAGGCCAUACGGUUGUGGUGCGACCGACCAAACUGUACGAUCUGCGCAAUAAAGAUGCGGCGGUCUUCAAGACGUUUGCCCGGUGGUAUUUUGGAAAACCACGCGCCCCAACUGGGUCUUCUCAGUAGGUUGGCCGUUACAUUUUUAUGCACGUCUUGUCUUUCUCUGUUUGGUCUACGGCGCGCUGGAGGUGUCGGGAAUUGGAACAAGCAGGGUCGGCCUCCUGUUUACGAUUGUGAUAUGAUUGACUGGGAGGAUACCUGAGGCGGAGUUUUGGUUUUCGUUAAAUACUGUCCUGCAAAUAAUUGUCUCAAUGAAUAAUGCAUUCUCUA